AUCGAAACGCCGAAUGGGGAAGUGUCGCCGAUCCCCGCAUUAUUACUACUUUUUUCGAAGUUCUCUGUUCAGGUUUUGUUUUAAAGUUUCACAAGGAAGUUUUAUGUGCCCAGUCUUUUAUCCUGUCGAACUUAAAGGUUAAGAGACUGAAGUCGGCGGUGUAGUUCAUUCAGUUUAUACGUUGAUUGUGUUUUUUUGUUAUUGUUAAGUUUUUUGUUUGGUGCAUCGUGCCGGUCCGGAGACCGACGGUUCCAACGAGGCACCAAGCCUGGACGCGCGACGACAAAUCCCAAAGGGCAGAGCCUUUAGGGCGUGUAGUUGUGGUGGUCGGUGCGAGCGGUUCCCGCUCCAACCGUCAAGCUGGCAGCGAGCGCGUUGAGCAUGAACCCGCAUUACCACGGGUACGCGGAGCUGAGCUCGCCACACCCGCCCUCACCGGAGACUGCAUUCGCUGCAAACGGCCACGACUACCCACACAACAAUAACAACCCAGCACUUAAAGAAUGUGCUGGCUGUGGCGGCAAGAUCGUCGAGAGGUUCCUCCUUCACGCACUAGACAGAUACUGGCAUCACGGCUGUCUAAAAUGCACGUGUUGUGGACAAGCGCUCGCGGAUAUGGGCCGCUCUUUUUACUUCAAAGGCGGGAUGAUACUAUGCAAAAACGACUACACAAGAAUGUUCGGCACAGGCGGCGCGUGCGCAGCAUGCGGGCAAGCGAUCCCGGCGAGCGAGUUCGUAAUGCGAACGAAUGCACCCCAGCAACCACUACACGUCUUCCACAUAAAGUGUUUCGCCUGCUCCAAAUGUGGAUCGAACCUUAUGCCGGGCGAUAGGUAUUAUAUGAUCGCGGGGUCACUAGUAUGCGAACAGGACUGGCAGAAACUAAUGAAGAGUGCGAACGCGUCAACGGGUCCCGUGGCGCCGGUGCGCAAGGGCAAAGUGGGGCGCCCACGUCGUUCGCGGGAAUGAGCGCCACCAACCUCUGCGCCCGCACAACCACACUCCCAUAGAGACUACGAGGAGAUGAUGGCGUGUUCUUACCUCAGCGCGACGGGAAUGAAACCUGAGCCUUCGAGCGCUGCUUGCUGGACGCCUCCGACGAUGGCAGCCUGCUCAUCUUCGGAGCUCGACGGGGCUUCGACGUCCCAGCAUUACGUGCGAUCUCAAAUGGGUGCUCAGAGCCUUCAUCCGCCGAGUACGCCUGGGUUGCAAGAACCAGCACUCGAUUUAACAAUCGCCACAUCCCUCAAGCCUCAACUUCCGUCUCCAGCCAGUGACGCAGAGGCAGAGUGAAGUGUUGUGUCCUAGACUGUUGAAAUAAGCCGUAGCAGAAUUAUUACUACUCAUUCCCAAUGUUAAUCAGUGAGUAAUAAUUUUUCUGCAGUUAUUGAACUGUUAAAUUAUAUACUUUAGUACCUACUACAUAUUUAAUUUCGGUUGUGAAAAUGGCAAUUUAUGUAAAAACUUUACUCGCUACAUGGAAAUUUCCAUUUAACUGGUACUUAAGGGUUGGUCUGUAAAAUGUUGUUGCUGUAAAGAAAGUGAUAAUGAGAUGUACGUGUGAGAAAGUGACAAUGGCAUAUCUAAAGCAAAGGGGAUUCCUUUUGGAUCCAGAGCACGGAAAUGUAAUAUAGGUUGCUAGAAAACUUUCAUAAGAUAAUGUUUAUUACUUUAAAUAAUUUAUUUUAUUAAAAAGAUUCAUCGAACAACAUAAUUGAAUGUUACUCAAAUAUCAAUAACUUAUUGAAAAUUUAAAAUAUACUAAUAAUAAUAAAAUUUGUAACAUAAAUUUAAAAUUGUUGGCACUGUAUGCAUGUAGUGAUGGAUCCUCUUUAACACAAAACAGUCAUGAUUAAUUUUUAAAUUAAAUAUUACGAAUAUCUUCAGUAGAAUUACUUUUUUUUCUUGAAUGAGUGAUAAUGGGAUGGUAACUCCGCUUGCGCUAACGGUAUGGUGGAGCAGCAGUGAGAAAUUAUAUGUAAAACCGAAAAGACAGGUCAGUUAGACUAUCGUGAUAAAUAGGGGAGACCGGGGAUGAGUUUUAUAAUAAGAAAAACAAAACGUUGAUUAUUUCUCACGUAUAAGAAAAAAAAACUUCUUUAUCGAGCAAAAACUUAAAACGAAUUAACAUAAGUUACAUUAACUCAAAAAUUAAAAAAAAAAAUAAUUAAAAAUAAAAUUAAAAGGUCCUACAAGGAAAAGAAGCAGUUCAAUCACUAUCGUCUGAAUAGUCACUUGCGCAGUUCAAACAGUAGUGUGUAAUAUUUCCUUGAAUACAUUUGACAUGUGACCAAUUUUUACAAACAAAACACACUACCCUUUCUUCACUCGCUUUCUCGGUAUCAAAUGGGUCACAACAUAUCAGACGAAAAUAUUCCUCUUCUAUGCUUUCUUCAUCAGUUUCAUGUAGUACCUUCUUCCUUACUGUUAACUUUCUUGUUUACUUAGUUGCUUCUCUUAUCUUCUUGAUAUUUUGUUUAUCUAUAUUUCCUGAACUUGAUUUAAUCUUCUUCUGUUCCAUGUUAAAGUUUUUUUUCCAGCGUAUCAAUUAAGAUAGCGAAUUUGUGAGUUUUCCGUUGCGUUAUCUCAGUUUUUCUGGCAGCUGCUUUCGGAUAAGGCCAAAUAUUUGCAUGCCAAAGGAUAUAAAAAAUAUUUUCAAUAUCCUUAGAAUAUCCAGUAAUUGGAUUAGUAUCCUCUAUAGGUCUGUCAGUAAUAAAACAGUCCGUCAAUAACAAUAAAUUAUAAAUUAUAUCAAUUAGAAAGAAAAACCACGGGGUAGAGAAUGAUAUUUCACAACCUGUCCCGAACAAAUGUUACCUUUAGCCUCAACGCUAAAAUUGAUCUUUUGAAGUUAAGUAUUAAAAACACAAAUGAAUACAACUUUACAAACGUAGUUUUAUCGUAAAAAGUAACCAUUAAAGCGCAAUAAUAAUACCAGACUCUCUGAUUAUUUGGAAAACAGAUUGUAGACAAUUUUACUAAAAAUAGAAAUUUUUACCAACCUGCUGUUUUAUUACCGAUACAUAUGUACUCCAUUCACGAAAACUCUGGCGCUGCUAGCUCUCGCGCCGUGUGAGCGGUGUAAUGGUGGCGUUAUUUAUGUCUUUCUUACGUAACUGUAUCUUUCCUUGUUUCGCCGCUGUUGCCACUGUAACUACGUACCCCUGGCACAACCAGCCCCAGUCUCCCCUACAUCUAAAAUUCAGCACGAUGGUUUCCAAAGGAAACCACGAAGAAGUCGACCUGACAUGGCAUAUUGCUAGCAAUGGGACUGAUAGUUCGCAUUACUUAAAAUCCCUUCCCCCACAGUAAAUAUACUGUGACAACCUACAUACAAACAUUGCCUGAAUUUUAAUUUUUGUAGAAAUAAUUGUGAUGGAACAAUGAACUUUCUUGUUGGUUGGAGCGAGCACUGAACACAAACAUUUUUUAUACAUCGAAGAUGAUAAUUAAGUUUACAGUCCGCCUGAUGAUAACCGAUCAGUACAACUCAAUGUAAUAUCAAAGAGAUCAUUCAUACUUUGUCGACCCUUGUAGUAUGAAAUCUUAUAUCACCGUAAAGGAAUACAGCAUGCUAACAAACACCUUAGUGAUAAAAAUAAGUGAGAAGGAACUACACUUGCAGUCGACUCUAUGGAAAUAUUUUAUAUUUGACAUUAAGAAUUUGCAUUGAUACAUUUCGAAACUCGAGUGCAAGCCGAUCUCAAGCGGACUGUGUGUUUCAUUGUCAAAUAUAUUUCGAACCCUCAGAGCAAUAACUUUAAGCAAAUCUAUUUUAGUAAUGAUAUAGAUAUUAUUUUAUGUUCAUUUUUUUAUAAAAAAUAAUUAAUUAUUUUUUAAUUAACAAUGAUUGUGAGCUGUGCCCGCUUUUAUUGUAUCAUUAAGAAUUAAUGAGAAAAUAAAUAAUUUAUUUGAAGAGCUGGAACUAAUUAAAUAUCGCGUGAGUAUUACCCACUCAAUUUUUUAUUGUUACUUGCCUUUGCACAGAAAAAGCCUUUGGAUACUAUUAAUUAUAUCUCCAGACAAAUACCAUGUUAUGUCUUUGUAUCAUUAGGUACUCAUAAGUGCGGAUAUAAGUAAAUAAUGCUUCUUGCCAGUGAGUGUACCAUUUGAUAAAUAAUUACUUAAUUAAAACUUUGUUCAUAACAUCAACUGUGUUUCUUGCGCACUCAUCUCUGUGAUUUGCAAUCUUGCUAUGUAAAUAUUUUUUCUCGAAUAAAUUUGUUAUUUCGUGUAUAAACAACGAGCUGUUAUUAGUUUUAAUAGCCCGUUAUUAUUAUUCGUUUUAAAUGUACAUAUUAGUGUAAACAUUUAGAUCUAAGUAGACACAUCUUGUACCUAAAAUUUGGACGCAAAACUUCGUAGCAAUAAUUUUGAUGCCAACUUUCCAUAAAAAAAAAUAACUAUUGGUCUCUGUACAUAAUUAUCUAUGUUUUACCAUCAAAUAAAUUUGUUAAAUUCAAUUUAAAAUAUAUACAGUCAUACUAUGUAAGUAAUCUCAAACGCUAACAUUCCUUAUUGUAUAUAAAAUCUACUUAUACAUUAUAUGAAUCAUUAAAUAUUCAUACAUGUAUUCCGUUAUCGUAUCUACCUAUUGAAAUAUAAACGAUUUGUUUAUUGAAUGUCGAUGUGUUACAAUCAUGCUCUCACUCAAAAUAUAAAGUUUAUUUGUUUUAAUCAAUGUUAUAGAACUAUCGAACAUCUAAUUUCCAUUUGGAGUUAGCCCGAGUAUCUUAAUGGCUAUUGUAUUACUUUUAAAUAAUUAUUUUUACAUUCACGACUGUAAUAUUAAAAUGUAAGAUAGAAUAUAUAUUUAUUUUCCAACCCAACUUUCCAUAAACACAACUAACAACUUACUCAAAUUAUUUAUUUUAUCAUUUAAAAAACAAAGCAUGUCAAGCUGUUGUUUAUUAUAAAACACGAAUGCUUGAAGAACACAUCGACAUAAAAAUAAUGUUAGCGUUUAGUGAGUCUUGCCAUCUAACUAUAUGUUUAAUUUACGAAACUGCACGGACUUGCGGUCACAAUCGGUUCGUAAGCCAAGAUAAUACAAGCAACAAUUAAUUAGGUGGAAUUUGACGUUGCAACUAAUUGUGUUAAAUAAAACCUAAGUCCGUGCAGGUUGUUAUGUGAAACGUCAGUUGCUGUGUUACCAGUACACAAAGAAAGAACAUACUUAACUAGCGUAAGAAAGCCGGCGACAGGAGGAAAAUAAAAUUUUGUAAAUUAA